AUGGAAAAGCCGAUGAAAAAAAAGCAAAAACAUAGUAGGGAAAAAAAAACUAACACAAGAAAAAGCCUUACCAGUGCACAAAAAACUAAAAUAUGCCAUUUAAAGCAAAAGAGAGUCAGUCAGGUUAAAAUAGCUGAACAGUUUGGUGUUGCCAAAGCAACAAUUUCAGAAGCACUUGCACUUUGGAUAUCAAAAGCAAAUACUGCACUGCAAACAGUUACAGGUGUAAUAAUUCAGUGUAAAGCAACACAACUUGCAGAAGGGCUUGAAGUGGCAGGUUUUAACGCCUCUGAUGGGUGGCUCUCAAAAUUCAAAAAACAGUAUCAUAUAAAAGAGUACAAACGUUUAGGUAAAGAUGCAAGUGCACCUCUUGAGGAUCUUCCUAGAUUUUGCAUAGAUGGUGCAUCAACUCAUGCACUUGAAGUAGGCUUUACUCCAACAAAUAUUAAACUGCAUUUUUUUCCUUCAUACACAAUAGCGCAUCUUCAACUAUGUGAUGCGGGAAUAAUUUGGAGUUUUAAGCCGCAUUAUAAAAAAUUUUUUUGUGAAGAUUGCAUAGAAGCUUUUGACUUUUUUUUAAAAUCUGGUGAUCCUCCUGAAGAAAUAACUAUCAAAGAUGAUUUUCUUAGUGAAUUAUUUCUGGAUGAAGAGCUUGACCAUGCCAAUGAACCUGACAUUACUAAUGAUAUUCAGGAUUUGAUUAUGCAAUUACCCUUUAAUCAGCCCAUGGAUGCACAAAAAUAUUUGAUUGCUGACAAUGAUCUAAUCACUACUGAAAUGCCAACUGAUGAAGAGAUAAUUGAAGCUGUCAAGAAUCUUGAUUGUUUCAAGCCAGAAGAAGAGGACCCACAUAGACUAAUAUCUCUUGCAGAAGCCUUAAAAUUUAUCAGUGGGAUUCUAACUUUUCUUGAGCAACAGCCAGAUAGCAGUUUUAAAGCUGAUAGUUCUUUUGUUCGAAAUUUAAGAAAAUUAAAAAAGAA